UCAUACAGAGGCCCUUCUGUCAACAGGGAGGAAGCCCGCAGUGCCAAACUUUCAUCAUCUCUGCCGAAGAUGCCGCAGACAAACAAAUUCAGGAACGCCCCAGUUUCUUCUGACUCCUCAAGCUCCGUCCAAGGUGGAGCCUCAGCAGAGGAUGCAGAGCCGGUGUCCCGGGGGGAGUGCCAGGCUGCAGGGGACACAGGAGGAGGAGGAGGAGAGGACAAUGUGGGAGACAGAGAGAUCAUCAAGUCCCCUAGUGACCCCAAAGAGUACAGAUACAUUGUGCUGGACAAUGGGCUGCGAGCUCUGCUCAUCUCAGACUACAGCGGCCCAGCGGCGUCCGACGAUGAGGACUCAGAUGGAGAGGAGGAAGAGGAGGAGGAGGAGGAGGAAUCUGGAGAUGAAACGGGGGAUGAUUCUGAGGAGGAGGAAGGUGAUGACGAUGAUGAGAGGGGCAGUGAUGAUGAAGACGAUGACAACGAGGGGAAAAAGAAGAAAGGAAACGCAGAGAAACAGUCCGCAGCAGCUCUGUGUGUUGGAGUGGGCAGCUUCAGCGACCCCAGUGACCUCCCCGGCCUCGCUCACUUUCUGGAACACAUGGUGUUCAUGGGCAGCGAGAAGUACCCCUCAGAAAAUGGCUUUGAUGCUUUCCUGAAGAAGCAUGGUGGGAGCGACAACGCCUCCACCGACUGCGAGAGGACCAUCUUCCAGUUUGACGUCCAGAGGAAAAGCUUCAAAGAAGCUCUUGACAGGUGGGCCCAGUUCUUCAUCUGCCCCCUGAUGAUCCGAGACGCCAUUGAUAGGGAGGUGGAGGCCGUCGACAGCGAGUACCAGCUGGCUAAGCCGUCGGACUCCCACAGGAAGGAAAUGCUGUUUGGCAGUUUGGCCAAACCUGGACACCCUAUGGGCAAGUUCUGCUGGGGGAAUGCCCAGACGCUGAAGCAGGAGCCAAAGAAGAAGAAGAUCAAUGUCUAUAAGCGGCUGCGCGCCUUCUGGAAGAAGCACUACUCUGCCCACUACAUGACUCUGGCUGUGCAGUCGAAAGAGAAGCUGGACACUCUGGAGGAGUGGGUGAGAGAGAUCUUCAGCAAGGUGCCUAACAAUGGUCUGUCCAAACCAGACUUCUCCGAGAUGCUGGAUCCCUUUGACACACCAGCCUUUAACCAGCUCUACAGAGUUGUCCCUGUGAGGAAAGUUCAUGCUUUGAAUAUCACCUGGGCCCUCCCCCCUCAGGAGAAACACUACAGAGUGAAGCCUCUCCACUACAUCUCAUGGCUGAUUGGCCAUGAAGGCACAGGAAGCAUCCUCUCAGUGCUCAGGAAGAAGUGCUGGGCCCUGGCUUUGUUUGGAGGAAACAGUGAGACCGGCUUUGACCAAAACACCACCUACUCUAUCUUCUCCAUCUCCAUCACCCUCACUGAUGAAGGUUUCCAAAACUUCUACGAGGUGACCCACCUGGUGUUCCAGUACCUGAAGAUGCUGCAGACACUCGGACCCCAGCAAAGAAUAUAUGAAGAGAUUCAGAAGAUUGAAGCCAACGAGUUUCACUAUCAGGAGCAAAUUGACCCUAUAGAGUACGUGGAGGACAUUUGUGAGAACAUGCAGCUGUUCCCUAAAGAAGACUUCCUGACAGGAGAUCAGUUGAUGUUUGAGUUCAGCCCAGAAGUGAUCAGCGGAGCUUUGUCCCUCCUCACCCCUGAGAAAGCCAACCUGAUGCUGUUGUCACCAGAACAUGAGGGCCAGUGUCCCCUCAGGGAGAAGUGGUUUGGCACUCAAUACAGCGUGGAAGACAUUCGGCAGGAGUGGAUGGAGCAGUGGACAGGAAACCUGGAGCUCAACAGUGAGCUCACACUUCCUGCUGAAAACAAGUUCAUUGCCACUGACUUCACCCUGAAGCCGUCUGACUGCCCAGACACUGAGUUUCCUGUCCGGAUAGCCGACAGCGACAGGGGCUGCCUGUGGUACAGGAAGGACAACAAAUUCAAAAUCCCUAAAGCCUACAUCAGAUUUCAUCUAAUCUCUCCUGUAAUCCAGCAAUCUGCUAAGAACAUUGUCUUGUUUGACCUGCUGGUCAACAUCCUCGGCCACAACCUCGCUGAGCCGGCCUAUGAAGCCGAAGUGGCCCAGCUGGAGUAUAAACUGGUGGCCGGUGAACACGGCCUGGUCAUCAAGGUUAAAGGAUUUAACCACAAACUGCCUCUGCUGUUCCACCUGAUCAUUGACCACCUGGCUGAUUUCUCUGCCUCCCCUGAUGUCUUCAGCAUGUUCACAGAGCAGCUCAAGAAAACGUACUUCAACAUCCUCAUUAAACCCGAGAAACUCGGCAAGGAUGUGCGUUUGCUGAUCUUGGAGCACUCCCGCUGGUCCAUGGUGGAGAAGUGUCAGGCUCUGACAGCUGGUCUGACCAGCGAUGAACUCAUGGACUUCAGCCGUAAAUUCAGGGCUGAGCUGUACGCAGAAGGACUGGUGCAGGGCAACUUCAGCAGCUCUGAGUCAGAGCAGUUCCUGCAGUAUGUCAUAGAAAAGUUGCAGUUCUCCAAGCUGCCAGCAGAGGUGCCGGUGAUGUUCAGAGUCGUUGAGCUCCCUCUUAAGCACCACAUCUGUAAGGUCAAAACACUCAAUAAGGGAGACGCCAACUCUGAGGUCACUGUUUACUACCAGUCUGGCCCCAAGCUCUUGAGGGAACACACACUGAUGGAACUGUUGGUGAUGCACAUGGAGGAACCCUGCUUUGACUUCCUCCGCACCAAAGAGACUCUCGGGUACCACGUCUACCCCACCUGCAGAAACACCUCAGGCGUUCUAGGCUUCUCUGUCACCGUGGAAACGCAAGCCACGAAGUUCAAUACCGAGCUGGUGGAGUUAAAGAUUGAAGAGUUUUUGGCUUCAUUUGGGGAGACGCUCGAUUCGCUGACUGAGGAGGCCUUUAAUACUCAGGUGACUGCGUUAGUGAAGCUGAAGGAGUGUGAGGACACGCACCUCGGGGAGGAGGUGGAUAGGAACUGGGCCGAGGUGGUUACACAGCAGUAUGUGUUUGACAGGCUCCACAGAGAGAUCGAAGCUCUGAAGCAGAUGACCCGGGCUGAGCUGGUCUCCUGGUUCAGAGAACACAGAGGACAGAGCAGCCGCAAACUCAGCGUUCACGUGGUGGGAUUCGGUGCUGAGGAGAACGACGAGGAGGGUGGCGGGAAGAAAGAAGGAGAAGAGGGCGAAGAGGAGGAUCUGUGUGGCUCUACCUACGGAGAGGUGUCUAAGCUCACCUUCCUGCCGCCCUCGCUCAAGAUGGCGGGCGUCGUAGCCGUCAUGGACAUCCCUGCUUUCACCAAAGACCUGCCUCUCUUCCCCUACCACAAGAUCCUCGAAUAAUCCGCCGCUCAGACUGCGAGAUAGACAGAUGGCUGUGCUUUGCCUCUCACUGAGCCACGUUCAGGGACUCUGCCUCAUUAGGGAUGCAGGCACUUAAUAUGUGGAGGUGAGGGAAGGUUGAAACAGCUUCGGCUCCUCUCUGGACCUGGUUUGUGCCUCCGGGGGCCAGCUGUAGUUUUUACCCAUACUGUGUGCAUCGGCAGAAAGCCUGGAAGUGAUGAUAGAGUUUUUCUUUUAGCUAAGUGAUAAUCUAUUCAGCUUUCUCACACUCAAUUAUUUUAUAUCCUCAGACACCGGGAGUGUGGGAGCACUCUAUCUAUUCCUCUAUCCCGCACUGACUGAAAAUCUUUUGAAUCAAAUUUUAAUUUAUUUGGUUCUCUGAGCUCUGCUGCUAUUACAACCCCAAAUCCCUGUCUUCUCCACUGUUUGUGUUGGAGUCCAGGCUCAGUUUAAUACCGUUUAAAAACACUGAUCAACUAUGGAAACUGCAGAAACGCCAAACGCUUUGAACUCCAGAUGUGUGUGUUUGAGUGAUCGUGUGCUGGAUUUUGAGCUCUGCUGUGUACUACUGUUAUUAGCUGACCUGGAUCAUGCUCUGGUAUGAAACUGCAAAGAGAAUAAAUCAGUGAGUGAAUGAAUGAAGCAAUGUGCUCACUUCAGAAAACACUUGAAUCUAUUAAGCAGAAAAAAAGGUACACUCAACCCUGUGAAAUGUUGAGACUGUGAUUCGGUUUAUUUUGAUAUUUUCAGUGCGUCAUCUCGGAAGGAAUUUACACGCACUAUUUUGACAAACACCACACACCACCAGUUAUUGAAUCCAGCGCGUGAUAAACAGCAAGGUCUUUUUAAAGUCAGAAGUGUUUGCAUGCUGGUGACUCAGUGUGGCGUCAGCUGUUUAAUUUACACAGGUUUAAUUUAUGUGCAAAUCGUACAUUACUCACAGACUCUCAACCUCCUCCUCCCCGAGGGAAAGGUUGUUCCGGGCGAUAUUGUGUCGGGCUUGUGGCUGGUGACACUCUGCACUGUUGAAUGUAAUUAAAAACUAAUCCUGAGCCCAGCACAGCAGAGCGUGUUAACAGAAUUGACUAAUAUGCCCACAGGGAAGCGUCAUACUGUAGCAAAGUCUUCACCUGCAGUUGCCUCACGUAUUAUGAUACCUGUGCAACCUGUGUGAUGGGUGGCAAACCAUUUGUUUGUUAUACAGUUCCCUCACUUUGUGCACAGUGGAAUUGAAUCUGGAAAGAAAGGGCAAAAAUGGAAGCUCACUAUUGUUUAAAACAGGGCAGGGGUAGGCAACCUGAUGCUCCGGAGCCACAUGUCGCUCUUUAGCACCUCUCCAGUGGCUCCUUGACAAAAAAAAAUUACAUGGAAAUGAAUAAUGGUUAUGUUUUUUUAACAUUUUAUUUUUUAUAUAUCAUUGUUGUAGGCCUAAAGAAACCCCUGCAUUCUCCAAUUGUAAAACUGUGAAGCCUCCAAACCAAAUGAAAAUAACUAACACAUCUACUGCCUGGAACCUUUACCUUGAAAUUUUGCCGAACCUCCACAGCAGAAGCUCGUCUUGAGUCCUCCUAGCUGGUUAGCUAUGGAUGCCAAAUCCACAAAAGCAAAGGUGUCAGAAUAAAAUAGAGAAUUAAGUAGUGUUUGGACAGAUUUGUUUGCUUUCACCACCAGCUCUGCAAAGAUAAAAUACCAAAUAAUCAUAAAUAAUUCCCUGUAGAGUCGCUA